GCCAAGAUCUGAACCGUCUAUGGCUGAGUUUAUGCAUGGCUAGCAUUGUAACCCUAGGCUGUUGAUUUGAGCAACCUCUACUCAUCUCCAAAACAGGGAGGUGUUCACAGAAAAUCAACCAGGGGCGGACUGACACCUCAUGGGGCCCCAAGACAAUAGGGGAUCAUGGGGCCCCUGUGUCCUUGCCCACACUCAAAAGCACACCCAAAAAAGCCUAUAGAAAGAUACCAGGGGCAUCCCAUGGGGCCCUCUACUGACCCCGGGCCCUCGGGCAGUGCCCAAGUUUCCAAA